UCUGCCAACUCAGCAUCUCGUCUCCCCUUGCUUUUAGUUGGCUACGCGGCUCCCCCUGCGCCCUCCGUGAUCCGAGCCUUCCACGAGGUUUACCCAGACGUCUUUGAGGAUGGACCUCACUUUGUGGAACAGAGGGAAGUGCAGCCCCACUUGCAGGAAGCCCCCCCAUUCCAGCAGGAGGAAGAGCUGCCUCCUGAACAGUUCCCUGAAAGCAGAAAAGAGGAGCCCCCUGCCCCUCGGGAAGCCGUCCCCCAACAAGAAGAGCGGAUGCCCCUGCAGGUGCCCCUGGAGCAGAAGGAGGAAGAGCCGUCCUUCCCGCUCCAGAAGGAGAUGAGCUUCCCCUCUAGCCAGCACCAAGCAGAGCGGCCAGUGCCCGUCAUGGACAUGGACGAGGGCCGUCCACAGCCUGAGAGCCGGGGCCCCUCGAACCACUGUCCAAGCAACCGGCCCAGAGGACGCUGGGUCUACCGGCUGGAUGGCUUCCCCCCGGGGCGGCCUUCCCCGGACAACCUGGAGCAGAUCUGCCUGAGCACCCGGAAGACCAUUGUGUUUGGGCCCUGGAACCUGCCGCAGACCGGCUAUUCGCACCUCACCCGCCAGGGCGAGACCCUUAACCUGCUAGAGACGGGCUAUACCCGCUGCUGCCGCUGCAGCAACCCCAUGAACCGCCUGGACUGCGCCGCGUUAGUGUGGGAAAAUGCGCUGGCCCAGUUCUGUGAGGCCGAAUUCUCGGUAAAGACCCGGCCCCACUGGUGCUGCCAACUCGAGGGGGAGGCACGACUGUCCUGCUUCCAAAAAGAGGCGCCCCUGCCCCACUACCCGUCCCGGACCUGCCCCAGCCACCAGGCCGGCCUGUCCUCGGGCCCCGAGCUGCCCUUCCCCCCUGGUCUCCCCACACUGGACAAUGUCAAGAACAUCUGCCACCUGCGACGCUUCCGCGCACUGCCGCGCCACUUCUCUACAGACGACCCUGUCCAGCGGCAGCUCCAGGCCCUGAGCCAUCUGGAGGCCGAGUUCCAGCUCUGCUGCCGCCAGGGGGGCAAUCUGACCUGCUUCCAGAAGGCCUGGGAAGACAGCCUCGACGAAUACUGCAGACGGGUGCAGUCUGUGAAAACUCAUCAACACUCAUGCUGCCAGUUCCCACCCAGCCCGGCCCGGGACGAGUGCUUUGCUCGAAGGGCCCCCUACCCCAACUACGACCGUGACAUCUUGACUGUUGACCUCAGCUACGUCACCCCCAAACUCAUGAGCCAUUUCUGUGGAAACCAAAGGGUGCUCAGCAAAUAUAAACAGGUCCCUGGGCUGAUCCAGAACAUCACCGCCAGCUGCUGCCAAGUGCCAUUCCCAGAGCAAGCCUGCUGUGCUGAGGACGAGAAAUCUGCUUUCGUCGAGGAGCUGUGUGGUCCCAGGAAGAACUCCUGGCGGGACCCUGCCCGCUGCUGUGACCUGGAAUCCCAUGAUAAACAGAUGACCUGCUUCAACAUCUACUAUCUGCGGAACGUGGUCGUGGUGAAUGGGGACCUAGGACAGGGGGAAGUGAGCCCCAGCCAGGGCUCAGACGUUCAGACCAGCCCUGAGCCCAGCGGAGAGUGAGUCAGCGCAGAGCCUCGGCAGCAUCGGCCUCGGGAGCCGCACCCGACCUCGCCUCCUCCGGCGCUCAUCACUGCCGUUGGUAUCUUGGACUGUCAGAUCUCGUCUGCCCACCCGGGAGCUCGCUGCUCUGGGCAGUGGCCCGGGCCCCAUUGGCUGAGGAGAAGCUGCAGCACCGGCUGUGCGGCUGUGCUGGGACUGUAACUAAACAGCUUUACCUCCUUCUGUCAUCCUGAGUUAAUGCAAAUAUUAAAAGCAGCAUAACACUCACA